AGUUGGCUUUUAAGAUAGAUACACUUCUAUACGCCACUCUUUAUCGUCUUGUUCGUAAGCCUGUCUAUAUAAUCCAAGAAAUUUAUUAUCGCCGGUUAUUAUAAUUUCAUUCUUAAUAUACGCAAGUCCUAAAAAAAAAUUUACAUAACAGGUUAGAUAGAUACGCAAAUAGAUAGGAGGGACGGAGAAAGAAGGUCUUCGGUCACUAUUCAGUUUACGAUCGAUCGUAACAUUGAAUAUUCUGAACAUAUACAUACGAAUAUACAUUCAUUCUUCCGGAUUUUUAAUUGUGCGAAAUUUAAAAUAGAGAAGAAAGUAUUUGAUAAUUCCAACAUUUUAUCAACGGCAAGAAGAUAAAAAUGGCUUUAAAAAUUCAUAUCGAUUCACCAAAAGUAAAAUACACAGAGGAUUAUAUCGAGGCGGAGUACGAAUACCAGACUACAAAUGUGCUAGAAGACGAUACUGACAAGUUCACGGUAAGACCAGUAUCGACGAAACUGUUAAUAAGAACACAGACAAAAGUGCCAAAACUUGGUGUUAUGCUAGUGGGUUGGGGUGGAAACAAUGGUACAACAAUAACGGCAGCCCUGAUAGCAAAUAAACAUAAACUCACAUGGGAAACAACAACUGGAAUUAAAAAAGCCAAUUGGUAUGGUUCCUUGCUUCAAGCAUCCACCGUUAAAUUAGGGAGCAAAAAUAAUCAAGAUGUAUUUGUGCCAAUGUCUUCAAUGUUACCUAUGGUUCAUCCGAACGAUAUUGAAAUCGAUGGAUGGGAUAUUUCGAGUAUGAAUCUCGCUGAUGCUAUGAAACGUGCAAAGGUUUUAGAUAUUAAUUUACAAAAACAACUUAAAUCAUAUAUGAUCCAUAUGAAGCCGAGAAAAAGUAUUUAUUAUGCUGAUUUCAUCGCAUCGAACCAAGAAAGUAGAGUUGAUAAUGUUAUACAUGGAACAAAAGUUGAACAAUUGGCUUGUAUAAGAAAAGACAUAACGGAAUUUAAAACGUCCAAAAAUUUGGAUCAAGUAAUCAUUUUAUGGACUGCAAAUACCGAAAGAUUUUCAAGGAUUAUUCCAGGAAUAAACGAUACUGCUGACAACUUAUUAAAAGCCAUUAAUGAAAAUCAUUCUGAAAUUAGUCCGAGUACAAUAUUCGCCGUAGCCGCAGCAUUGGAAGGGUGCACUUAUAUAAACGGUUCGCCACAGAAUACUUUUGUACCAGGAACGAUAGAAUUAGCUGAAAGACAAAAUACAUUUAUUGCUGGUGAUGAUUUUAAAUCUGGUCAAACAAAAUUGAAAUCGGUUCUUGUAGACUUCUUAGUGUCUGCUGGUAUCAAACCAGUAUCGAUCGUUAGUUAUAAUCAUCUUGGAAACAAUGAUGGAUAUAAUUUAUCAGCACCUCAACAAUUCCGUUCGAAAGAGAUUUCAAAGAGUAACGUAGUAGACGAUAUGGUUCAAUCGAAUCAAAUUUUGUACGAACCUGGAGAAAAGCCAGAUCACUGCGUUGUUAUUAAAUAUGUUCCGUAUGUUGGCGAUAGCAAAAGAGCGAUGGAUGAAUACACAUCAGAAAUAAUGCUUGGUGGUCAUAAUACUAUUGUAAUACAUAAUACUUGCGAGGAUUCUUUACUGGCAAGUCCGAUCAUUUUGGAUUUGGUAUUGCUGGCUGAACUUUGUUCUCGCAUUACUUUCCGACACAUAGAUCAAAAGGAUGAAGAAUUUCGAAGUUUUGAGAGUGUUCUUUCUAUACUCUCAUAUUUGUGCAAAGCACCAUUAGUACCAAAAGGUACACCUGUGAUAAAUGCAUUAUUCAAACAACGAGCUGCUAUAGAAAACAUAUUAAGAGCUUGUCUUUCAUUACCGCCAGAAAAUAACAUGCUUCUGGAAUAUAAAAUUAAUUUGAAAAAAUCAUAAUAUUAAGCUAAUUUUGAAGUUUGUCAACAGAGUAUAUAUAGAUUAUAACAAAAUGUUAAACAAGUGAAUCAUGUGUUAUUUUGGAUAUAACUAGCCAGUAUUAUCAAAAAGCAUAUCAUUCCAUAUUCAACAAUAAACUUUUAUCGAACAAUCAAACA